GCAGCUCUAGUAUGGGCGCUUUGAGUCAGAUUAUAUUGUUGAAUACUUAUGAAUCAUAGUCGCAUCACAAGUAGUUCCUUGCCGCUUCGCAAUCUAGUUGCGCUAAUCCUACCCUAUAAGGGAUAAAUAUAAGCACUAUAAGUUAGAACGACCAAUUCAAGCAUAUAAAAAGUUAAAGAGCAGAGAGUUGGUCAUACUUUAUAGAAAAUCACUUUUAACUAGUCCCAACAUAUUGAUAAUUCUUAUAUUCGAAGCUGGGGGUAUACGUAGACCUAAUGCGCAGGCAUAUGUAUUCGCCACAUAAUAGGUUGACUCUGGUAAUUACGUACCUUAUAAUCCGUAUAUAUAUACCUGACUAACAUAAAUCAUCAUCCACUUAAUUUCUAAAUACUUACUUGUAUUACUCUACUUAAGGAGGCUCUAGAAAAUAGCUCUGCCCUCUGGCUGCUAAUUUAGACAAUUAAACCUCUUUAUAAGAAGUUGCCCAUCCUUCUGUUCUCCCUUUGGGUACCAUAAACCAUCAACCACUGGUUCUUCAAUAUCCGGUACUCGCCACAUGUGAUAUAAAACCAUCACGGUACCUAGAUAUGGACUACGGCGCCGUCUUUCACAGCCUACUUCCAGGCAUAAACGCAAAUAUAUCGCAUGCGGGCGGCAACUCCUCGGCAGCUGAUAACACGCACCAUGCAAAAGCAGUCGAGGGCAUCCUGACUCUCGUCGGGCUCCGCGGGCUCGCGCCCAUCUACGGGUUCAUCGGGGGCUGGCUGGGCUUCGAGCCGUCCAAUCUAUUAGCUGUGGUCGGUGUUCUAUGGGCCCUUAACAAGGUCCUCCGUCAAGUGUACUCGUUUCUCUACCGGGCUGUUACCGGAUACUUCAUGAGCAGUGUACACAUCAUGAAUAACGACGACAUCUACAUCCAUCUCAUGGACUGGCUCGCUACGCACCCUAGGAUGGUGAAUUCGAGAGACCUGGUCGCUGAGACGGCGAGUAAGAGGGACUGGCUGAACGAGGAUGCGUCGGACGUGGCUAGAGAUCGGUCUGGACGUUACCUUAACUUUUCCAACCAAGAAGCAAGGGCUCCGCCAUUCUUCAGUCCCGCCGUCGGCCUGCACAGCUUCUGGUGGCGCGGCCAGUACUUCCAGUUGAACCGCAAGCGGGAGUCGAUAUUCGAUGAGAGUAGCAUGUCAGGGCAGAUGUUCCGGGACCAGGAAGACCUGAUCAUCUCGUGCCUUUGGAGAAGUCCGGAACCUAUCAAGCAGCUACUAGCCCAUGCCAAGGAGCAGUACUUCCGUGACCACCAGGCCAGGACCACUGUUAAGCGGCCAAGCACCAAUGCUUCUCGUCGGUACGCGGGCCGCGUUGGCUGGCAUCAGGUGGCGAAUCGACCUAUCAGGGAUAUUAAGACUGUUGUGCUAGACGAGCAGCAGAAAUUACAGGUUCUUGCGGAUAUUAACGAGUACCUACAUCCGGAGACACCAAAGUGGUAUUCAAAUAGAGGUAUACCACUACGGAGAGGAUACCUUUUCCAUGGACCCCCAGGAACAGGCAAGACGUCGCUCUCGUUUGCUCUCGCCGGGAUCUUCGGUCUUGAUAUUCACGUAAUAUCGCUUCUCGAGCCGAGCUUGACGGAAGAGGAUUUAAGCGCACUGUUCGCCUCGCUCCCGCGCCGCUGCAUUGUCUUAUUAGAAGACAUCGACACAGCCGGACUCCGCCGUCCAUCCCUCAACCAAUUCGACGACGAAACCUCGCAACCCGAGCCCCAAGAUGCCAUCACCGCCAAGCCCAGCAAACACAGCAAUAGUUCCGCUCCCCGCGACUGGAAAGUCAGCGACCUGGCGCGCGCGCUCAAGAAAGAAGGCGAAAGCGAUCAAAAAUCCGGCAUCUCCCUAUCCGGGCUCCUCAACGCCAUCGACGGCGUAGCAAGCCAAGAAGGCCGCGUGCUGAUCAUGACGACCAACACCCCCGAACAGCUCGACGACGCACUGAUCCGCCCGGGCAGGGUCGACCUGCAAGUAGCCUUCGCGAAUGCGACGCGGGACCAGGCGCGCGAGUUAUUCGUGCGCAUGUACGAGGAGGACUCGGCGCGGCCUCCUACCCAACCAUCCGAGAACAACAAGAAUCAGCAGGUACCCGCCCCCCAACCCGCCGAUCUCGACAUAUCUAUCUCCGAGCUCCCCAGCGUCGCAGCCGCCUUCGGCGCCAAGAUCCCCGACGGCGAGUUUUCGCCCGCCCAGAUACAGGGGUAUUUACUCAAGCGCAAGAGGCAGCCGCGCAAGGCGCUCGAGGAGGCUGAUAAAUGGGUGGAGGGUCUGCUAAGGCAGAAGGCGAUGAAGAGCAAGAUUUUGCAGGUGCAGUGAGUUAUGUACGAUGUGUGGUCAUUAGCUAGAUACAUAGAUAGAUAUCUGGGGUAAUGAGGGGUUGGACAUCUUUACCACGGCGACUUAGAGAGUUGAUAUUCCAGUUGCAUAGCGGGGAAGCUACAUCUAGAUUGGCCGCCCGUCGUGGCGUCGAUUGGAGUUUGGGGUCUCGUUUAUGAUGUCUAUUAGCAUCUACUCCUAGCGAAGCGAU